UAUGUUGCUUAGAUUUAUAACCACAACCCAUCAAUUAAAUUGGGCUUCACUCUAUUAUUUCACAAAACACACCAGACCCAAGGCAUAACCUCACAGAGAAAAGACUAGAGCUAAAGCAAUAAGUGAUGAUAAAUCAGGAAAAAUUGCCAAAUCAGAUCAAGAACAAGAAUAAAAGCAAUAACAAGAAAAUCUCAAGAAGAAAAUAGAAUUAGAAAAAUUAAGGGCAUUACAACCAAAAAUGCAUACUUGGAGCUCAUUUUACGAAACGCAUAUUCCUUAAACAAAAAAAAUACCUAAAACAAUUUACCUAUCAUUGGAUCAACAACCUGAAGGAAGGAGAAAGCAUUAUAAAAAGUUCGUUUAACCUCCAGUUGAUAUUACUGAAGAAAACAAUUAAAAAUUCCAAAUCAAACAGCACACUUAUGAGGAUCCCUUUGCACAACCAAAAAGAGCGGGGCUAAUUGCUGUUAAAGUUGGAAUGACUGCGUAAUGGGAUAAGUGGGGUUACAGGCAUGCAUUAACAGUUUUAUAACUAGACAAUAAUUAAGUGGUUUAAGUGGUGAAGAACGAUACAUACACUGGCUUGUAGGUUGGAGCUGGAGCUGUCAAUAUCAAAACUCUAAAGAAACCCUAGAUAGGACAUUUCCUCAAAGCGAACGUAAAACUUAAAUGUAAAUGAUAGAUUCCUCCCAAAAAAUAUAUAAAGGAAUUCCCUAUCACUCCUGAAAACGCAUUACCCGUAGGCUUUAUGUUGACUGCAAGACACUUUACUCCAGGCCAGUACAUUGAUAUUUAAGGUAUUUCAACAGGAAAAGGUAAGAAUGAUGUUCUGAUGUAUUCCGUUAGGAUUUGGAGGCACUGUCAAAAGACACAAUUUCAAAACACAACCAGCAACUCACGGUAACUCUCUAUGUCAUAGACAAUUGGGAAGUACAGGUUAAAGACAAGAUCCAGGAAGAGUUUUUAAGGGAAAAAAGAUGCCUGGUCAUUUAGGUAAUGACAAAGUUACAUGCGAGGGGAUCUAAGUAAAUUGAAUGUCAUUUUAAUUAGAUUUACAGAAUAGAUGCAGUUAGACAAUUAAUAUACAUAAAAGGUUCAGUUCCAGGAAAACCUGGUUCAAUUGUUUAUUUAAAAGAUUCUUGGAAGGCUUAAAAGAAAAACAAAGAACUUCUUAACUUUCCAACUUUGGCUGUUGAGGAUGGAAAAGAAUAUGCUAAGGAAAUAGUUAUGGAAGCCCCAUUGGAAGAUCCUGAAAUGGAGGAAACUCAUGAGAACGAUUUCCCAAAGGCUGGAGAGGAUGCAGAAGAUUGAAAUAAAUAAAAAGAGUAUCAC